AUGUCUUCAACGGUUUCUGUACCCUUCCACUCCCUUCGAGUUGGGGGUGACAGUGGGGGUGACAGUGCGACACAGCCCCCUCGUCCCUCUUUCCUGUACGUGUACGACGGAAUUGGUUUGGAAACUUUGGAUGAGAGUCGUGCUCUGAGGAGCGUCUGGGAUAUCGUACGACUUUCGUCUGUGCUCUGCGCUGCGUUAAUUCGACGACUUCGACAACUUGACUUGGACGGCUACGAGGAGGGGAUAAACAUAAGCUCGAAGGCACGAAAGGCUACCUCGGAGGUUUGGCAUAACAUUGGACUACAGGACCAGUCGACCAGACGACCAGAGGAGAAGAGGACCAGAAGACUAGGGGAGGAGAAAGCAAGGAUGGCGACGACGCACCGAACGACGCCGAUCUACGUCGGCGUCAUCAUCGCUGCGGUCGUGAUCGGCGCGGUGGUGUGUACGCUGAAGGUGGCGGCGCGGAGGAGGAGGAGGGGGAGGGAUGCACCGACGAAGAUGACCGCUCUCCCUCCUGCCGCUCCCUCUCCCGUGCAGUACGGCCUGCCGCAACCCCACGCCCCUCCGCCCGGCGCCCCUCCAUGGCAUUUCGCACCCUCGCCUUCCUACAACGCGAACGUACCAUUAUCACCCCAAUUAUCCUCGCCACCACCACCGCUGUCCCCGCCACCUUCGUCGCUGCAAGCAAGGGCGUACCAAGUUUCGUACCAACCACAGGCGUAUCAUCCCCCUCCUCCAGCAGCAGUGCCUGCGAAUCGACCAUCACCCAGCCCACCCUCGCCGACACACCAUCGGGCACCGAGUACCUUACUAUCCAGCUCGGGCCCAGCAGCGCCCGCGCCCGUUUUCCCCGUACCCCAGAUGAGGUUAUCCCUUCCGCCACCCAUCUCACGAGCGCACCCACAGGAUCAGGAGCAAGAGCAGGGGCAGGGGCAAGAGCGGUACUCGCCUUCGUCGCCGCCUGGCGUCCCAAUCCCCAUCCCCGUUCCUUCGUCCGCCAUUCCGGCGAACCAACACCAACACCAACACCAACAAAAUCAACAAAAUCAACAACCGCCGUCCGCCCUGACUCCGAGUCUGAUGGACCGCAUGCGGGAAGUGCAAACUCUCAUGCUGGAGAUACACCGACUCGAGGCGCGGGAGGGCUCGGGAUAUGACCCAGGGGACGGAGACGGAACAGAUGCAGAGAGCAGACGGCGUAGGAUCGAGGAGAUGAGGCGGAGGGUGGGGGAGCUAAGUGGUGUUGACGUUGAUGUUGAUAGAAGGGAUGAACGAGGGCGGAGUGGGGAGGGGUUAGAGUCAGUGUUAGUGUUGGGCGCAGAGGGAGGAUCGACGACUGGCGCUGGUGCGGGUGCGGGAGUGGGCGCAGAAGCGCGUAGUAACUCUGAGGGGAGAUCGGAGACGCCGUUAGGGCCGCCGCCUGCGUACGCCCCGAGCCCUCCAUAG